AUGAACGGAAUCAAUCGUCCCUACCAGCUGGCCAUAUACAAUCACGAACACAAGAUAUAUUUCAGCUACAAUGUCGGAGAAGACACCCAGGACACCUUCGGAAUUGCCUACGUGAAGAUAAACGAUACAAUGCCGACCGAAAUAAACGGAAUAAAAAACGGAUUCGCCGUCGCCGUGGACGAGCACAAUAAAAUUGUGUUUUUCGGAGGAAGCGACGGCAUCUACUCCCACAAUCUAACACAUCCGGGAGGCUUGAAGCACCUCGUUAAGGACCGUGACAUUUGGGACAUGCAGUUCUUAAACCACCACUUGUACUUCAUACAGUACCCGUCGCAGCGACUGCACAAAUACGACUUCAAAGAACAUAAUGUAUCACUUCAAGAACAUAUUAAGGAAAAAAUAUACCAGUUCGUCAUCGAUGGAGAUGGUGACACUUUUAUAACGACUAGAGAUGGCUUGUUUGCAAUAAAGAAAGGGGCAAAUCAUCGCGUCCCCUAUGAAGGCCCCAAAGUGUUUAGGGCCAUAGAAGUAAAUCACCAAGGCGUAGCACACUUCUGCGCUAAAAGUGCCAUCUACGUAGCGCACAAGGAAAACCACACGCUGAUAGAAAUAGCUAGCAUUAAAAAUAUUUUUGGGAUAACAUUUGAUAGUGAGGACCAUAUUAUUUAUUCGAAUCCCCACGAAAUUGUGAAACUUGUACCUCAUGACUGUAAGUAG